AUGGAGAGGCCUGUGCUGACGCUGGGGCUGCUGGCCACCCUGGUGGUAUGUGGCAGCCACAGCAUGAACGAGGAGGAGCGGCUGAUCCGGCACCUCUUUGAGGAGAAGCGCUACAACAAGGAACUCCGGCCUGUGGCGCACAAGGAGGAGAGCGUGGUCAUCACGCUGGCCCUCACCCUCUCCAAUCUCAUCUCCCUGAAAGAAGUGGAAGAGACCCUCACCACCAACGUGUGGAUCGAACAUGGCUGGACGGACAGCCGCCUAAAGUGGGACGCCGAGGAGUUUGGGAACAUCAGUGUCCUGCGUUUGCCCUCGGACAUGCUGUGGCUCCCAGAUAUAGUGCUGGAGAAUAACAUUGACGGCUCCUUCCAGAUUUCCUACUCCUGCAAUGUGCUCAUCUACCCCUCAGGGGAAGUGUACUGGCUGCCGCCUGCCAUCUUCUGCUCCUCCUGCCCCAUCUCUGUCACCUACUUUCCCUUCGACUGGCAGAACUGCUCCCUCAAGUUCAGCUCACUCAAGUACACAGCCAAGGAGAUUACCCUGAGACUGAAGCAGGAGGAAGAUGAGGAGCACGGCUUCUACCCUGUGGAGUGGAUCAUCAUCGACCCGGAGGGCUUCACAGAGAACGGGGAGUGGGAGAUUGUGCACCGCCCAGCUAGGAUCAACGUGGACCCCAACACCCCUCUGGACAGCCUCGGCCACCAGGACGUCACCUUCUACCUCAUCAUCCGCCGCAAGCCUCUCUUCUACAUCAUCAACAUCUUGGUGCCCUGUGUACUCAUCUCCUUCAUGGUCAACCUGGUCUUCUACCUGCCGGCGGACAGUGGUGAGAAGACGUCCGUGGCCAUCUCAGUGCUCCUGGCACAGUCUGUCUUCUUGCUGCUAAUCUCCAAGCGGCUGCCAGCCACCUCCAUCGCCAUCCCCCUCAUCGGCAAGUUCCUGCUCUUUGGCAUGGUGCUGGUGGCCAUGGUCGUGGUCAUCUGUGUUAUUGUCCUCAACAUCCACUUCCGAACGCCCAGCACCCACGUGCUGUCCGAGGGUGUCAAGAAGCUCUUCCUGGAGACGCUGCCUGAGUUCCUGCACAUGUCGCGCCCGGCGGAGGACGGGCCCAGCCCGGGGACCCUGGUCCGCAGAACCAGCUCCCUGGGCUACAUCUCCAAGGCCGAGGAGUACUUCUCGCUCAAGUCCCGCAGCGACCUCAUGUUCGAGAAGCAGUCGGAGCGGCACGGGCUGGCACGGCGCCUCACCACUGCCCGCCGGCCCCCGCCAGGCUCUGAGCAGACCCAGCAGGAGCUCUUCAGUGAGCUGAAGCCGGCUGUGGACGGGGCUAACUUCAUCGUCGGCCACAUGAGGGACCAGAAUAAUUACAACGAGGAGAAGGACUGCUGGAACCGGAUUGCCCGCACGGUGGACCGGCUCUGCCUGUUUGUGGUGACGCCCAUCAUGGUGGUGGGCACAGCCUGGAUCUUCCUGCAGGGUGUCUACAACCAGCCUCCCCCUCAGCCCUUCCCAGGGGACCCUUUCUCCUACCAAGAGAAGGACAAGCGCUUUGUCUAG